CCGUGGUACGUCACAAUCGUGCGUCCGCCGCGAAGCGUCGGCUGUGUCUCGUUUGGAAGGUUGCAUGCUAGGUAGGACGCGUCCUUUGAAUGCUGCGGUAUACCGAGCGGCCUCUAAACAAGUCUCGUUUAAACGAGACGUAGGACAACGGAAAUGGAACGUAACAUGUUUGCUAUGACAGCACGCCACUCUUUAACAAGCGCGAGCGCUCUGAGUGAGAAGGUCUGCGCCGAUGGAGCAGAUGAAGGCUGUGUGACGUUUGUGCUGCAUGAAGAGGAUCACACGCUGGGCAACUCACUCAGAUACAUGAUCAUGAAGAGUCAGGAAGUGGAGUUCUGUGGUUACAGCAUCACACACCCUUCAGAAAGUAAAAUCAACUUUCGAAUACAGACUCGAGGAGGACUUCCUGCUUCUGAACCACUGCGCAACGGCUUGAACAACUUGACUGAAGUGUGCAAACAUGUCCUGCACACUUUUGAGAACCGGCUGGAUCCAGCUCCAUUCCUGCUUCGUGUUGGACUCCACUGCUACAUGUCUCUGAGUGAUGACGACUAAAUGCAGCCGGUGCCAGCCAAACAUCACCUCAGUCUAUUACGAUGCACUUCAGAGGAUGAACUGAUGCCAACUCCAACCAUAAGACAUGGGAUACAUCAUAUAUGCCAUUGCCUGAACCUUGGACCUGGACAGACCUCACUGAAAUUACCGGCCAGUUGAACUGCAGUGCACCUCACUGAUCUCUGCCUGCAUCACCUCUGUCUAAUGAUGGACUACACUCUUAUAAUAGAAUACAUAGACUAUCAAUUAAUUGCCAACAAAAGCCUUGAUCAGCCAACUAACAAAGGACAAUGCAUCUAUGUGAACUUCUGCAGUUAAUCCAGGAUGAACUUCAAAGACAUUAGUCAUUAAUCUUACAGUUCUUACAAAACCUUUAUUUAAACACUGACCCUUAACACUUACUUAGUAUAAUAAUUUUAAACCAUGACUUGCACUCUACAUAAUUAAGUAGUAUUGGCAUUAUAUUCAUGAUGUUAGCCAGAGGGGAACUGGCCACCACAGUGAGCCUGGUUUCUAUUUUUCUCCUUUAACCAACAUCUUAUGGAGUUUUGUGUUUCUUGCCACAGUCGCCUUCGGCUUGCUCACUGGGUUUCUAAAUACAAUUCACAAUGAUGAUUCUAAGAAUUUAUAGAUUACGGUUUCAUUUUCUGUUAAUGCAUGAUUUUCUGUAAAGCUGCUUUGAAACUAUGUGUGUUGUGAAAGGCACUAUGACUCGAGAAAUUAAUAUCUUCUGUAGCGAUGUUUGAGGCAGACCAAAAUGUAAGUCCUUGUUCACUAUCAAUCUUGGCAUCCGGCCUGAUUGGAACACAGGAUUUAAGACAUUAGCCGCUCAUCCACCAUCGAGCCGAACAGUUCUCGUUGCAUAACCGUAACGCUCAUGCCGAUCUGGGCCAGUUGGCGGUGACGGAUUCUUUUUAACUGUGGUGUGUAGAAAUCAUACGUAAUGUAUGUAACAAUCCGUCUUUUGGCAAUGGCGUAAGAUGUAAUCAUUGGAGCGAGUGCGCUAUGGUGGAUGAUGGCAUGUUCCAGUUUUUAUGACUACUUUUUCCCCCUAGUUUUACUCUGCUAAUACACAGGAAUGACACGGCUCAUGUCGCAAAAAGGAAAGCUAAGAGAAAAAGGUGAGAGGUUUACCAUAAUUUGCAGUGGGCUUGUUUAUGCCACCUUCCCAGACUAAACUGCCAUCUAACAUUUAAAAUACAAUAUAGUUUUUUUUUGAUUUUUUACGAAGUUACAUUUUUGUGUGAAACUGAGUAAAUAUAGUACUAAAAAAUGUAUGUUUGUUAUUUACUAUAUUAAAUUGUGUGAUAUAUCAGCCUCCCUCUAGAUAUUGGCAUCGGCCAUUAAAAAACCCAUAUCGGUCGACCAAUAGUUCAGCCAAAAGUUCAUUUAUGCAAUGAUAGAGGAACAUAACUGACAUUAUGUCAGAAAUGGUUAUCCUUAAACAACUGUAGAUGUUCGAGUGAAUAUAAAAUGUGUGUGUGCAGUUAUUUGUCCAUUUCAAGGAUUCCAAGUUUGUUUGUGUGGAGAUUUGUCCUCCUUUUGGAGCAUCUCUUUGUUUCAGUUGAUCCAGCCAAAUGGUCAUGCCAAUCAACAGAAGCUGUUUGAUGGUCCUGUCAUAGUAUUACCAGUACAGAAUUUCUGAGAAGGCAGAAAUAGCAAAAAAUUAUGUGUGUAAUGCAACCAGAACUUCUCAGAGUGAAGAGAAACGCUUCAAACUAAAUUAAUCACUCUGCUAAACACCCGUUACAUCCCUCAUCUGUUGGCUAUAGUAUACAGGUCUUCUCAAUAAUAUAAGUAGGCCAUAUGUAGCUUACCGGUAAUAGUAUACAUAAUUAUAAUCUAAAUAAUAUUAUAUUAAUACUUGUAAUAUAGCCAACAUGCAAUAUUCAAAAUAUGAUUGUUUUAUCUAUCUUUAAUAUACAAGUUAUCUUUCAGUAAACAUCAUAACUUAUUUAGCAACAAGGUCCCCUCUUUUAGGAUUUCAUCUGUUAACAUGUUCAUAUUAACGUGCAUUUUGUCUACUUUAAACUUGAGCAUUGAAUGAUAAAGGGAUAGUUCACCCAAAAUGAAAAACGUGUCAUCACUUCACGUUUUCUCAGUAUUCGCUUUCAUUAUAUGGAGAAAAAAAAAGUGAAUGGUGAUUUUGACUGACAUUCUGCCUAUAACAUCUUUUGUGCUACACAGAAGAGAGAAAUUCAUGUGGGUUGAGUAAUGAUGACAGAAAUAUAUAAAUUUACCUUUUUAACUACCUGUUUUUAUUUAAGGUAUCUGCCAGAACAACAAAAUAAAUGUAAGUCAGCACAUGAUGGCAUUACGUCUUGCAGAGAAACAAGUGACUGAAGAGAAGGGCUGUAAUGUAGGCUAUAUCCCUAAAAAUAAUUCCAUCUGAAUAAAAUGAGAGGUAAAAAUUGAGAAAAGUGGGGACUUCCGGUAGCACGUGAACACUGAUGGCUGCGUGAGAAUACCACUCUCCCGACAAAAACUCCCUAAAAGCCCCUAAUUAUUCAAAUACUCACAAAAUUCUGACAGAGCAUUGCAAUGGAAAGUGGGGCAAGGAUGGAAACCAGGGCGAGACAAAAGAAAAUCCCAGGCCGUCAAGAUGAGAUCGAAAGCAAAACGGAUCCUGCCGGUUGUCGACAUGCUAACACUGAGGGGAAAAUUAGCUUGAUGAGAAUACUCGAAGAGAAUUCAGAAAAGGAAAAUGAUGAAAAACUGGCGGACAUUAAGGAAGAUUUAAAUAACACUAAAAAGCGGAUGGAAGCCGAGAGUCAUAUCACAGAUGCUGAGGAACAAAUACAACAGACGGGGGAGGUGCUGUCUGAACUGCUAAAACUUCAGGCCCAGCUUGAGGCAAAAUGACAGAUCAGGAGGGUAGGUCCAGGCAGGAUAACAUCCGAUUAUAUGGACUACCAGAGGGCAGCGAAAACGGCUCAACCACCAUCAACUUCAUUGAAGACCUACUCAAGAAUGGGCUGGGGCUUGACCCAUCGACAGACCUGCAUAUUCAGAGGGCUCAUAGAGCUCUGGCACCGAAACCCACGGACACCACAAGAUCACGCUCCAUCAUCGUCAAAUUCCUGAGCUAUAAAACAAAAGGCAGGUAUGGAAAAAAGGAGGACUGAUAUGGAACAAUACUCGAAUUACAUGUGACCACGAUUACCCCCCAAAUGUCCUAAACAAAUGCAAAGAAUACGCACAGGCAAAAAAAAAAAAAAAACGUUAAAGGAAAAAUGAAUCAAGUUCCAGACUCCAUAUCCGGCAAAACUCCGGGUUUUCUACGAUUGAGAAACAGUGCUCUACAAUUCUGCAGAGGAGGUGACAAAGGAUAUGAAGGACCGGGGCCUACAGGUGGAUGUCAUCCCACCACAACAGAUGCUCCUUGAACGCAUCCAGCGCCAAACCUGGACAAUGAAAAGAGGGUGAGGUGGUUCAGUGGAAACAAACUCAGCACUGGAUUUUGUGGAGCGACUGAAAAGUUUCAGACGAAAAUGAUCAGCAAUCAAGCUAUACUCCAGAAACUUAAUCCUGAACUCAAAACUGGACUCCUCUAAAUUGACAAAGAGACCAUUAACACAUAUACAGGUGCAUCUCAAUAAAUUAGAAUG